CUCCAAAACCACAGGAAGUACAGCCAAAAGCCUCUUGUUUUCUCCAACAAGCACAAUAUACACGCGCACGUUUUUAGAGUUUAGAUCAACAAGUCAUACAAGUCUUUCUAAGCCUAUUUCAGCAAAAUUAAACCUUCACAAACAUAACCAAGUUUUUUCAAGAAUUAAUAUCAUAUUAGAAAAGAAUGAGUUCAACAAGCAGGGCAUGGGCUACAGCAGUGAGCUUGGGAGUGGUAGAGGCACUGAAAGAUCAAGGAAUAUGUAGGUGGAAUCACACAAUCAGAGCCGUAUAUCAGCACACCAAGAAUAAUCUACGGUCAUAUUCACAAGCCAAGAAGCUCUCUUUUCAAUCUUCUUCUUUGGUUUCUGCAAAUAAAUUAGAAUCGAAGAAGGUGAGGCAGUCUGAGGAGUCUCUUAGGAAAGUUAUGUAUUUGAGCUGUUGGGGUCCCAAUUGAUCAGAUCCUAAUUAGCAGUCAGAUUUAGUACAUGUAUAGUCUCUGACAAUAUUGUAAAACAUGAGAGGACUUUUAGAGCUUGGGCUAAAUUGCCCUGUCAACACCUGUGGAAAGAACAUUUCUGUAAUCCAAAAUUUCUGGAAAUUAUACUCAAUUGCGUUGUCUGAA